AUGAAGGAAACCCCAGUCGUAACAGCAUAUAGGUCACACGAGGACCUCAUUGAAUUGAAAAAAUGGUUCUAUGAGUUUGAUGGUACCUGUGACAACCGCAAACGAGCCAUCGAAAGAGUUAAAGUACUUCUUACAAGAGGUAGAUUACCUCAUGGCAUUGAAGCAACUUCCAUCUUGACUUCGGUGAUUUUGAAUGACGAUGACAAGGAUUUUGACACCGAUACGAAUGUGACCCAGCUUUCAUAUACAAUGGCAUUGAUAAGAUUUGUGAAUGGACUAUUGGAUCCAUUUCAACAAUCAAACUAUGCUAUACCUAUGCAAUUGCUAGCCAAGCAGUUGAAUCUACCGACUUUUUUUGUUGAAUUGAGACACAUGGGGACACACGAGAACCUACCCAGCUUGGACAUAUUGCGGAUUGCAACCAAGGAUGCAUUGACGUGGCUAUAUGAUAAUUACUGGAGUCAACUAGACAGCGAAUGUGAAGGUGACAAAGACGUGAACCCCGAGGCAGACGUUUAUUACGAAGCUGUGAAUUUCCGAUACAACCAUUAUCAAGAGUUGAUUAAUGGGUUUUCAGUGUAUGAGAAUCUUAGAACCUUCAAAAGAAUACGAAAAGAUCAGCUCGAUACUCCAUUAUUCGCAGACAAUAAUGAUUCAAAUCGAACAACUUUGAGAAAAUGUGUGAACGAUUUAGUUGAACUUGGUACGGUUAAUCCUCAGCUACUAGCGAAAUUGCUCAUCAGAAAGUUUUACUUGAUAUACCCGCAGCAGAAACUCGAAAGUAAAGGGAUCACGUACAAUCCACUACUCGAAAAGCUUUAUAAGCCUCUACUUGAAAAACUUAGUGACGAGUUACUUCUUCUGUUAUUUAUAGAAUCAUCGAACGUGUUACAGCAAAAAGGCAUAGAUGAGAUCGAUCGUCGUGUGUACAAGAAAUUGGGCUUGGCGACGGCUUUGCUGGAAAUAGAGGUAUCACAGUUAAUUGAGUGGUUGCCCUUCAUAACCAAAUCGCUUCUAUGGCGACCACUUCCUGUGAAAAAACUCCCCCAAAUUGAGCUCACCAGCAAAAUGGAUCUCAUUAAGUUUGUUUGUGACAAUUUAGAGUCAAUCUGCAAAAAUGACGAUUUGUUGUUGGUAAAAAUGUUGCUGGUGGUGAAGGAGUCGUUCACUAAUGCUGAUUCAGACUUGAUGCGUGAGAUUAGCGUCAAGCUCGACAAGGCGGCACAGAGAGCGAACAGGAAAGCUUUAGAGCUACCUCCUUCCUUGGACGAGAUACUAGCAGAAGAUGGGGGAAAGAGAAAACUGGAAGAUGUGGCCACAAGUUCAACCAAGAAAAAGUCAAAAAAUGCUGGCUAUAAGAGCGAAACAGUGUAUCUUAUGGAGCCCCACGAGAACUGGACUCCAACACCUUUUGGAACGACAGUCUAA